AUGAUUCCGCGUAGGUUGAGGAGUGAUGGUGAUAAUGGUAGUGACGAUGAUGCAGAAAGUGAUGAUACUGAUAGUGAGUAUGAAAUAGAUGGUAACAUAUCAAAUAUUGAUGACUUUGAAUUUGAUCAGAAUGUGGAUUCUACAGUUGAGUUUGGUGGGGUAGAAGGUAUUUCUAGUGAACCAGUUGGUGUGAAUAGUUGGGAGAGAAAUUUGGACGAACCUAAUCUAUCUGAUGAUACAUCAUUAAAAGACUCAGAUAGUGAUGUAGAGGGUGGUAAGUGGCCUGUUUUUAGGGCAGCUACUGAUAUGAAAGAGCCUCAUUUAAUCCUAGGAUUGACUUUUUCUAGCAAAGAAGAGUUUAAGGAAGCUGUGACCAAUUAUGCCUUUAACAAUGGAAAAGAUGUAAAAAUUGUUAAGAAUGACAAAGCCAGACUAGUUGUUAAAUAUAAACAUGAUAGAUGUUGUUGGACUUCUGAGAAUUCAAGAGCAACGUCAACUGUAGUUGCAAAGAGGUGGAGUAAGGAGAUUGCACAUCAUGAUGACUGGAAAAUGGAAAAAUUUAGGCAAAAGGUGUGUAAAGAUGAAAAGUUUCAUAUUAGUACACAUCAAGCUUAUAGAGCAAUGAAGAAAGCUAAAAUUCAAAUUAGGGGUAAUCUAGAUGAUAAUUUCAAAAAGAUUUGGAGUUACUGCCAAGAAAUUAUCAGGACUAAUCCUAUCACAAUCUGUGAGGUGAAGCUCAGUGACAAUGUUGAACUUUGUGGGGGAAACAAAUUCCUUAUACUGUACAUGUGUUGGGAUGGAUAUAGGCAAGGUUUCAAAUUUUGUAGGCCAAUCUUGGGAGUGGAUGGAACUCAUUUGAAGUCUGGAAUUGGGGGGUUAAUUCUGACUGCAGUUGGACUUGAUGCUAAUGACUCAAUCUUCCCUGUUGCAUGUGCCAUUGUUAAGGGUGAAACAAAACAGUCUUGGGUGUGGUUUUUAGAAUUCUUAAAAAAAGACUUAGAAAUCAGUGAGGGGAAUGAACAUGAAUUUACCUUCAUGUCAGAUAAACAAAAGGGUUUAAUAGAAGCAUUUGAAGUGGUUUUGCCUAGAGUUGAGCACCGAUUUUGUGUUAGGCACCUUCAUGGGAAUAUGAAGGUUGCGGGAUUUCAAGGAAAGGCAUUGAAGGAUGCACUAUGGGACUGUGCCAAAGCAACAACUGUGCCCAAAUAUAAAACUGCACUUGGAAAACUUAGACAAUUGGAUGAGGAUGCAUAUGUUUGGCUAUCUAAUAAGAGUCCAACAGAAUGA